AUUAGAUGAAUGACCCGAAGUAUUAAUGCAUUCACCAUUUCCAGUCCAGACUGCUACGCGGGAACAAAGGACCGAGUAUUAGCAUUAGCCCUAUGAGGGAGCACGGUCGUAGACUAACCCUAACAUCUAAUACCACUUUAGCUAGCAAGAUGGACGGAGACAGUUCUACCACCGACGCCUCCCAGCUGGGCAUUACUGGAGAGUACAUGGCGGGAAGUCACUACGUCCUGCAGUCUCAGGACGAUGACGGAGACGAAGGAAUGAACGAUCACGAAGAUGGCAACGGCAGCAAGGACAACUUCCGCGAACAGGACAUUUACCUCCCCAUCGCCAACGUGGCCCGCAUCAUGAAAAACGCAGUUCCUCAGACAGGAAAGAUAGCGAAGGAUGCUAAGGAGUGCGUGCAGGAGUGCGUGAGCGAGUUCAUCAGCUUCAUCACGUCGGAGGCCAGCGAGCGCUGCCACCAGGAGAAGCGCAAAACCAUCAACGGCGAGGACAUCCUGUUCGCCAUGUCCACGCUGGGCUUCGACAUGUAUGUGGAGCCACUGAAACUCUACCUGCAGAAGUUCAGAGAGGCCAUGAAAGGAGAGAAGGGAAUCACACCCGUGUCUGUGGGCGAGGGUCUUGGAGAGGAGCUCACAGACGACAGCUUCACAAACCAGCUGCCAGCAGGUCUCAUCACAGCUGAUGGACAGCAACAGAACGUCAUGGUGUACACCACCUCUUACCAGCAGAUCCCUGGGGUACAGCAGAUUCAGUUCUCCUGAUGGGACUUCCUGUUCCUGAGAGCAGGGCUGAGGAGCCGAAGAGGGGGGUAUCUGUGUGCCAGACAGAGGUCAGAGGUCAACAUCACUGCCCUGGCUGCUGGUGUGGGGAUUUGUGCUACCCUGCUGUGUAAAUUUUACAAGCCAUUCACAAAGUUUAGUAGUGAAUUACCCUGAGGUUGGGACUAAAUCCCUGUCAGUAAGUUUAGGUGUUUUUUUGUUUUGUUUUUGAGUACUUAGUUUGUGGAUUUAUUUUCCCUUAAUUUUGUACAUUACUUGUUUGGAGUUUUAUCCAAGUUUAGAGUGGCUGAAGUUGACACUGCAACAGGAGCCUUUGUCAGCUCCUCCUGUUCUUUACGUUUAAAAAAAGAGGAAAAAAAAUCCCCUUUGUUAGAGCAACAGGGGUACGCUCUUAAUUUCAUAUUGAAUCAUGUUACACUUUUUGUAAUUUGAGUAAGAAUACCAUGUGAUUUCAUGUUAAUCCUUUUAAUAAAAAUGAAAAUGUUACACGG